GCUCUGGGAAGAAGUACAAAGUGAAGUUUGACCACAAAGGGAAGAGUUUGCUCUCAGGCAAUCACAUUGCCUAUGACUAUCACCCCUCCCCUGAGAUCCACUACGUUGGCAGCAGGGUUGUGGCCAAGUACAAGGAUGGGAAUCAGGUCUGGCUGUAUGCUGGCAUCGUGGCUGAGACCCCAAAUGUGAAGAAUAAAGACAGGUUCCUCAUCUUCUUUGAUGACGGCUACGCCUCCUACGUCAAGGAGUGGGAGCUGUACCCUGUCUGCAGGCCACUGAAGAACUCCUGGGAGGACAUCGAGGACGUUUCCUGCCGGGAUUUCAUCGAGGAGUACAUCACAGCCUACCCCAACCGCCCCAUGGUGCUGCUGAAGACUGGCCAGCUGAUCAAAACAGAAUGGGAAGGGACCUGGUGGAAGUCCAGAGUGGAAGAAGUGGAUGGCAGCUUGGUCAAAAUCCUUUUCCUGGAUGACAAGCGCUGCGAGUGGAUCUACCGCGGCUCCACGCGCCUGGAGCCCAUGUUCAGCAUGAAAACUUCCACGGCCUCCUCCCUGGAGAAGAAGCAAAGUGGCCAAGCAAGGACUCGCCCCAACGUUGGUGCUGUGAGGAGCAAGGGGCCUGUAGUACAAUACACCCAGGAUCUGGCAAGGACUGGAACCCAGUACAGACCAUCAGAGCAGACACAGGCAGCCUCCUUGGCCUCCCUUUCUCCCCAGCCUGCUGAGAUGGAAUGCUCUGACAAUCAACUGGCCCAAUCCAGAAAACAAGUAGCCAAGAAAAGCACUUCCUUCCGUCCAGGCUCCGUGGGCUCCGGGCAGUCAUCCCCUUCCUCACCCGUCCUCA